GUCAAAGUCUAUUGUGAUGGCAUGUCAUUCUAAGUGUGACUUGGCGGAGAACAGCAGGUUAACUUCCAGUCUCAACUUGAUUAUUGGCAAACAAACACACAUUCCUGCCAGAACUAGACACGUCAUUUGGUCCCAUCUUCCCUCAAACUUAAAGAACCUGUGUAGAGGGUUUUAAGUACCGUAAUUUCCAGACUAUAGAGAGCACCGGAAUAUUUGCCCCACCCACUAAAUUUAAGAAGGAAAAUAGAUCUUGCUCACACAUAAGCCGCAGUGGUCUAUAAGCCGCGCAUGCAGCGGUGCUGUCUGCGCUGUAGAAAGGUCAGUGGUGCGCUCGGCUUAAAAGAGCUUUUCAAACUAGUUUCAAAAACGUGUUUCGACAUAGAAACUGACUCUUGAAACAAACAAAUGCGCAAUGUUCUGAACUAGAAUCAUGAACUCCUCACGUCUUUUAUUGACAUCAAAGCACUCAAAAUGCGCCGUUUUCGCCCACUUGCCCGAAGUUCCGACACCACAGCCAGUCCAAGCUGCUGCUUCUCGAUUACAGACCUCCAGGAGAUCAGCUCUGUUGCCGAAGCUGUGGACACGCGGGCAAAAACAGCGCAUUUUGAGUGCUUUAAGGGCUUGUGAUGAUUCAUCCAACAAGUUGAUCACCCACCUGCAACUCUGCUGUUAUCUCAGACUGGAAUUGGAUUAUUGAUCACCUUAUCCUUGGACUUUUAAUAAUCAAUGAUCUGGACCAGAUGAACUCCAAGUGGUGACUGAUCCACCUUCCAUCUAAAGUGUCAUCUGCCCGUUGUGGUGGGACCAAACAUUACCCUCUGAUGGCAGCCUCUGAGCUGAUCCAGGACAGCCCCCAUGUGGAAGCUGUGGUUACUACAUCAAACUCCCCCACAUCCCCUAGUCCAAGGGUUGCCAACGGUACCCUAGCCCGACUCAACUCCUCGCCGUCGCCCCCCACAGACGACCCUGACGGAAAGAAAAAGUGCAAUAAACUGAGCACUCUGCUCCAGCAGAACCAGCUGGUCCAGUCUCUGAGCAACGGACUGAGGCGACACUGCGACUAUGUGAAGAUCACAGUGCCAGAGGAACGUAGUAACCGUCUGCCCAAAGAGUGGUGGAAGACGGGAGUGGCCUUUCUCUACGCUGUCUUCAACCUCCUGUUCACCACCGUCGUCAUCACCAUUGUCCACGAGAGGGUGCCGGACAAGUCGGUUAGCCCACCACUGCCGGAUAAGUUUUUCGACUAUGUUGACCGAGUCCCUUGGGCUUUCACGGUUACUGAGGUCAACGGGCUGAUCCUGGUGGGACUGUGGCUUCUGCAGUGGCUCUUUCUCAAGCACAGGGCAAUCAUCGGCCGCCGCUGCUUCUUCCUGAUCGGCACACUCUACUUUUACCGCUGCGUGACCAUGUACAUCACCACUCUGCCGGUGCCUGGAAAACACAUGGUCUGCGCGCCCAAGCUGUACAACGACUCCACUGGGAAGAUCUGGAGGAUUCUGAGGCUGAUCUCAGGAGGAGGUUUGUCCCUCACGGGCUCCCACCUGAUGUGCGGCGACUUCCUGUACAGCGGUCACACGGUCAUGUUAACACUGUCCUACCUCUUCAUCAAAGAGUACUCGCCUCCUUGGAUGCGCUGGUAUCAGUGGCUCUGCUGGCUUCUCAGCGCCUCCGGGGUCAUCUGCAUCUUGAUUGCCCAUGAGCACUACAGUAUUGAUGUUGUCGUUGGAUACAUCGUCACUACAAGGACUUUCUGGUGGUACCACACGAUGGCUAAUACACAUGCUCUGCGUCAGGCGCCAAACAACUACUUAUCCAGGACCUGGUGGAACCCGGUGUUCAAGUUCUUGGAGAGGAACGUCCAGACUGUCGUGCCCAUCGAGUUCUCGUUUCCACUGCCUGUCCCAGCCACGUGCCGGCAGAGGUACAGGAUCGUGGAGGGGGGUCGGGACGAGUGACAGCACGCACCUUCAUCAGCUUAACCCUUCAUUUCUUUGGUAUUUAUCCACCAGAGCAGUUUCCUGCCAAAGACUUUGUUAUUGAAGACUCUCCAGAAGCUGGUGGGCUCCUUUUGUCUCAGGACCGUUCAAGAACAUUUUGUUGUGUAAUAACUUAUCUUGUCUUUGAAGAGAACUUGUGGUAAUGCGUUGUCCCGAUUUAAGUUUAUAACUUUGUGUAAUACUUUUGAACUACUAAGCUUUGUGUUGGGAGCACAGAGCUGCCAACGUCACUCGCCCCUCUGAAGCGUUUGACCGACCGUGUCAGUUUUAUGACUUGGUGUCACUCGUUGGAUCUUCUGUUCUGGUUAUGUGAUGAUCAAGAUUCACAUAUUUACUGCAUUAAGUAUCGACAAAUAUCUCAUUUGUUUCAUUCAGAAUCUCAAAUUCCACACCUCAUAUCUCUUUGGUUUGACUUGGCAUCUGACAUUGUGAAAUAUUCAUUUGAUGACUGCUGUCUACCUGAGCAACAGAAGUAGUUAGUGAAUCUUAUUCUUGGAACAUUAGCAUGAAUAACUUCAGUACUAUUGAGUAAAUCAAAACAAAGGGAAGCUUGGAUCACCUUCCCUGAAACUGAGUGAGCUUCUCAGAUAAUAACAUGCCGACAGUGAGAUGACAACCAUGGAGCUAAAGCCAAAAUAUCAAGAUGCAAAUUCAGUUGACCCAGUUUAAACCCGUGAUGAUAAGAUGCUAAAUCAGGUCAUUGAGAUCCUUCAUCCCAAAGGGAGGGAAAAAAUGGAAAAACUUUGCCGUCGAGCUACAAGGCAAUUUUUUUGUUUGAACAGAAGAUGUUAAAAACUAAUGGUGAUUGUUUUGCAAUGCGUUGCAAAGAUGCUUUUAGCUCAGUUCUGUCAUCUGGUGUUUGGACAUGGUCUGCGAAACGUGAACUGGAUUAACAAGAACUACCGCAGUCGGGCCUUCCCACAACACUUCACUGUUGAAGGCGUUUGUUGGAACUGCUGUACAUAUAUUUUGUUAUUUAUGUUUUUACAUAUGAAAGCUUUGUU